CGUCAGCCAUAGACGUGCUCUCUGAUUGGAUAGAGCAUGGCGCUUGAGAGUGACGUUUUCGACCACUGACCAAUCCACUGUGAGCUGAGGUGGAUUUGGCUGUGGAAGCCGGAGCCGAGCUCUGGUGUUGGUGGGGCGCGGAAGGCUCUCUGUCCAGUUUCCUUUUAGACCAUGGCAACAUAUCUGGAGUUCAUUCAGCAGAAUGAAGAACGGGAUGGUGUGCGGUUCAGUUGGAACGUGUGGCCUUCUAGCCGCCUUGAAGCCACGAGAAUGGUUGUCCCCCUGGCUUGUCUGCUCACUCCUUUGAAAGAGCGCCCAGACUUACCCCCUGUGCAGUAUGAACCUGUGCUGUGCAGCAGGCCGACCUGCAAAGCUAUUCUCAAUCCACUUUGUCAAGUUGAUUACCGUGCAAAACUGUGGGCCUGCAAUUUCUGUUUUCAAAGAAAUCAGUUUCCUCCAGCAUACACAGGCAUAUCUGAGGUGAACCAGCCUGCUGAAUUGAUGCCUCAGUUUUCCACAAUUGAGUACGUGGUCCAGCGAGGUGCUCGGUCACCUCUGAUCUUUCUCUAUGUGGUUGAUACGUGUUUGGAGGAAGAUGACCUUCAAGCACUCAAAGAGUCUCUGCAGAUGUCCCUGAGCCUCCUUCCCCCGGAUUCCCUGGUUGGCCUCAUCACUUUUGGGAGGAUGGUGCAGGUUCACGAGCUAAGCUGUGAGGGAAUCUCCAAGAGUUACGUCUUCCGAGGGACCAAGGAUCUAACUGCAAAGCAAAUACAGGAGAUGCUAGGCCUGACCAAGUCAGCUAUGAUGCCUAUGCAGCAAGCAAGACCUGCUCAACCUCAGGAGCAGCCUUUUGUUUCCAGCAGAUUUCUACAGCCCGUUCACAAGAUUGACAUGAACCUCACAGAUCUCCUUGGGGAGCUGCAGAGGGACCCAUGGCCAGUCACUCAGGGGAAGAGACCAUUGCGAUCCACUGGUGUUGCUUUGUCCAUUGCUGUUGGCUUGUUGGAGGGUACUUUCCCAAAUACUGGAGCCAGAAUUAUGCUGUUCACUGGAGGGCCCCCCACCCAAGGACCUGGCAUGGUGGUUGGAGAUGAGUUGAAGACUCCUAUUCGCUCCUGGCACGAUAUUGAGAAAGAUAACGCACGGUUCAUGAAGAAGGCAACCAAGCAUUAUGAAAUGCUUGCUAAUCGAACUGCUACGAAUGGUCACUGCAUUGAUAUUUAUGCUUGUGCUCUUGAUCAAACGGGACUUCUGGAAAUGAAAUGCUGUCCGAAUCUUACAGGAGGCCACAUGGUGAUGGGAGAUUCUUUCAACACUUCUCUUUUCAAGCAGACAUUCCAAAGAAUUUUUAGUAAAGACUUCAAUGGAGAUUUCAGAAUGGCGUUUGGUGCUACAUUGGAAGUAAAGACCUCUCGGGAACUGAAGAUUGCAGGAGCCAUUGGUCCAUGUGUAUCUCUGAACGUGAAAGGACCCUGUGUGUCAGAAAAUGAACUUGGUGUUGGUGGCACAAGUCAGUGGAAGAUCUGUGGCCUGGAUCCCACGUCUACUCUUGGCAUCUACUUUGAAGUUGUCAAUCAACACAAUGCCCCGAUUCCCCAGGGAGGCAGAGGUGCCAUCCAGUUUGUCACACAGUAUCAGCACUCCAGCACUCAGAAGCGCAUCCGAGUGACCACCAUCGCCCGCAAUUGGGCAGAUGCACAGAGUCAGCUGAGGCACAUAGAAGCAGCAUUUGACCAGGAAGCUGCAGCAGUCUUGAUGGCACGGCUUGGAGUGUUCCGGGCAGAGUCAGAGGAGGGGCCUGACGUGCUCCGGUGGCUGGAUCGACAACUCAUCAGACUGUGUCAGAAGUUCGGGCAGUAUAACAAAGAGGACCCCACGUCUUUCAGAUUGUCAGACUCCUUUUCUCUGUAUCCUCAGUUCAUGUUCCAUCUGAGAAGAUCUCCAUUUCUUCAAGUUUUCAACAACAGUCCUGACGAGUCGUCCUAUUACAGGCACCAUUUUGCCCGGCAGGACCUGACCCAGUCUCUCAUCAUGAUCCAGCCCAUCCUCUAUUCUUACUCCUUCCACGGGCCACCAGAGCCUGUGCUUCUGGACAGCAGUAGCAUCCUAGCUGACAGGAUUCUGCUGAUGGAUACUUUCUUCCAAAUCGUCAUUUAUCUUGGGGAGACCAUAGCCCAGUGGCGGAAAGCUGGGUACCAGGACAUGCCUGAGUAUGAGAACUUCAAGCACCUUCUGCAGGCACCGCUGGACGACGCCCAGGAGAUUCUGCAAGCCCGCUUCCCAAUGCCGCGCUACGUCAACACAGAGCAUGGCGGCAGUCAGGCUCGGUUCCUGUUGUCUAAAGUUAACCCGUCUCAGACACACAAUAACCUCUAUGCUUGGGGACAGGAAACUGGAGCGCCCAUCCUGACAGACGACGUCAGCCUGCAGGUGUUCAUGGAUCACCUGAAGAAGCUGGCCGUGUCCAGUGCCUCAUAAGCUGACAGCACAGCCUGCACGUGGAAGACAGUCCUGUUGGAUUGUGCUCACAUUCUUGUUAUUGUCCUGGCAACAUUCCUUUCACCUUUCUGGGAGAUUCUAAUAAAUAACCCAAGGAAUUUUUUUAUAUGUAUGUCUUCAGGUAUAAUUUAUUUGUAUUCCUUCUCUGCCUGUUUUCCUACACAUGAAAUGAUAUGUCAUGAAUGUUCUGCUAAUUGUAGAUGUUUACUUACUUUUUGUACCUUAAUGUUUUAGAGUCUUUAUAAAAUCAGAGUUUAUGUAUUUUUGGCUGCUUGUUUAAGUGAAAAUCUUAAUGAUCAUAAAGGAAAUAAAUCUGGAUGAGGACAGCAUUGGCUAAAAUAA